CUUGUAUCUUUGUUGCAGGUACCAUCAGAGCCCAAUGCAGGAAUUGCUCCCCUGCCUUACCAGGAUAUACCCUCAUCAGUUUUAGAGAGUCGUCAUAAUUUUGGUAAUCUUGUCAUGGCAAAUAAGAAUGCAGAUGUUCUUACAAAUUCUGGCUCGAAAUCAGUAGUUCCAAGGAAUUAUUUUAAGUCUCCAGGUUACUUGUCACCCAUUGCCCUCAACUCCUUGCAGAUUAAUAGGGCAAAGUUUCAUCCACAGAUACAAGAAAAAUCUAAGUAUAAAACAAGUGAUUCAAUAACAUUUAACUUAGAAUCUGAUGUAACCCAAAAGAAUAAAAGGCAAAUACGAUCCCCAGUGUCACCUGAUGACUCAGGCUCAAGUUUUAGAAGUAAAUUGCAAAAGGUGUUGGAAAAUAUUGAGAGUGGUGAAAGGACUAUAAAGGAAGAAUUUAUGACUGCUCUGUCUUCUUUGAUAAGCAAUGCUUCUAAUGUUUUGAAUGGUACGGGUGUGGGAAGUGAACCAGAAAUGAGUCAGAUUAAUGAUACAGAGAAUAUAAAUUCUUUAGUGACUGAAGAUGUAACAGAUACAUCUUCAUUCAUUCCAAUUAUAUCCACCACCAAGCAGCCCACUGAGUAUGUUACUUUGAGUGAUGAAGUGAUUCUUAAUGGCGUUUUAGAUAGAGUUAGUGGUGAUGAAUUUGAUGACAUUGAAACUGUUCCUCAAGUAACAAGUGAUUAUGUCAUAAGUGAUGACAUUGACUAUCAUGGUGUGGAUAAUUCUGGGUUUACUAGUAAUGAUGUUUUGAAAGUAGCUGAUGGUGCAAAUAUAUUGGAGAGUGAAGAUUCAAGAGGUACAGAAAUAACUUCUAAAAUCAAUAUGAAUUAUCACAGUUUUACCAGUGAUACUACUGUGACUGGUGGUAAUACAUUUUCUUUUAGUGAUGGUGCUGAAAGUAAUGUAAUUACCAAGACAGAACUGCCUGUAAUGUUUCACGACCAAUCCACUUUAACUACAGACUUUCCCUACAGCACUGAAAAUAUUUUACGAAAAGCUAAUUUUCAUAUUACACAAAUGCCUAUGUUGAAACCUACAAACAUUACUAACAGAGAACAUUCACAGGUUACUGAAGAAACACCUCUUUAUCAUCACAGCCUAGGAUUGGUGGAUAACAAUAGUUCACUAUUAGAAGAAACUAAUGCAGUUUUACCUAUAUCUUUGACAAGUGAAGCAGAUAGUGAUAGUGAUGAAGAUGCGUUGCAGGCUGAUCCAUAUGCUUAUAUAGUACAGACUACAGACUAUCCAUUACGAUUGGAUACUAAAGAGAAUCGAACUUCUGCUUAUAACAUAUUUAAAAAGUUUGUUGAGAGUUUAUCAAGUGACAUUUUCACAGAAGGCCCUUUGGAAAAUAUACUUAAAGAGAAAGGACUGACUAUGCAUGAAGUAAUGAAGAUUCUUUGGAGUGACAAAUCAUGGAAUGACUAUUUGGGUCAGCAAAGGUUAAAAGAAGAUAACAAACUCCACCUAAACAUGUCAGAAACUUCUACUGUAACAGGAAGUACAGAUAUUCAGUCAGAGAGUACAAGUGUAUACGAGUUGAAUGGUCUUGUCCAUUUAGGGGAUAGUUAUGAUAAAGUUACUUCACAUAUUAUGAAACCAGAAACCGUCUCAUCUCAUCCAGGAGAAAAUGUAAGCAACCAAUCACGAAAAGAUAAGGUGUCCUCUCAUACCAGUGAUCGGGGAUUACCCAAUAUGGAAUCAAUUCCUUUGCCUGUAACUGAAAUUCAGGCUGUGAACACCCCAGUUCAGGACAGUGGUUUAGGUAAUAAUUCACAGUUUUUUAAUUGGUUUCAAAAACUAAAGGCAUUAUUGGAUGAUUAUUCAGGAAGACAAGAUCAGGAUAAAAGUUUUUCUGAACAUUCUACUAUGACUCCUGUGCCUGUCACAUCAUAUUCAGAAAUUUCUUUAUUUGAUAAAUUUGUUAAUUUUCUUGGAACUAGAAAGUCUCUUUCAGGUGAUAGAGAAAAGAAUAAUUUGGAUAGAGAAUAUGAAAGGAAACCAUCAGUUCAUUCUCAACCAUUUUUGGAUGACAGUCAAGAGCAAGAAAGUACUACAAAGGAAAGCAAUGCCAUUGAAGAAAUAUACAUUUAUCCUGACUACUAUUCUUCAUAUGAUAGUGAAGAAAUGGUUUUCAUCACUGCACUCCCAGCUCUUGUUCCACUAUCAACUCUCGCCACCUCAGUAAAUGAAACUGAACUAGAUACAACUGGAACUCCUCCCAGUAUUUUACCUGUUCCAAGGAAAUCUUAUUCAGUUCCUCAAAACACUUCAUUUAACAAUAGAACAUUAGAUACAGUCAUUGCAAUUUUGAAUGCUUGGGUAGAAGAGUCCAAUACACAAGACCCUUUAUAUCCUGUUGAAAAGGAACCUCUGGGUGAGGCAAGGACCGUUGGCACGCUUGAUAGUGGCAGUAGCAGUGUUUUGCCAUUUUGGUCAGGUGUUGGUAAAUCAGUCAGUGAAGGAGAGCACCACGAAACCAGUAGUUUGGCCAAUACUUUGGUUUUUUAUCCUGCUAGUCAAGCUCAGCAGAAUACUACUUAUGGCAAUAAAUCCCUAACUGAUGUCAUUGCAAUUAUAAAACAUAAAGAUAUUAAGUUAGAAACUACUGACUCAUUCAUAUCAGAGAAGAGUCUUGAGGAUAUACAGCCAAGCUUGGAGAGAAAAUCUAAUUCUUACAAGAAUGUUAGUAAUGGUUCAGUGCCUUUAUCCUCUACAUUUAUACCUGGAAUAUUAAGCAGAUCUACAGAUGAGCCAAUUACUGUUGCUCCCUCUAAAAUUUUUGCUCCUGAACCUUUUCCUUCAACUUCUGAGAGCUCCAUAUCUUCAGGUAAUAAAUCAAUGGCAGAAGUAAUGGCAAUUUUAAAUCCGUUCAGUUUAUCUGAAAACUUGACAACUUCCUUAUUGAAUGAAAAUGUUUCAACAUUAGACAUUAUUACCCCCACCAGUACAGUAAGCAAUGAAUUUCAUACUUCAGAGCUGUCAAAUGGAAGCUUAAAAAUAUUUGAUGUUUUCCCUGAAACCACAACAUCCCAUAUUGAUACACUGGUCUUUCUUGAGAACUCCUCAACCACAGUUGGUUCUGUCACUGAGUCUUCGUCCUUCCCUGAAACGACAACAUCCCAGAUUGAUAUACUAGUUUUUGAUAAGAACUCGUCAACUACAGUUGAUUCAGCCUCUGAGUCUUCAUCAUUAGCCUUAUUUGUGCCACCUUUGACUGCAGCUCCCAGUACCUUGUCUACCACUGACGACAUGCUGACAACAGGUACAGACUCCAUGGUGCUCUUACAUGACAAUAUCGCUACAGUUUCUGUUCCAUCCAUAGUAAGUGCAGAUAACCAUUCAACUUCAAGAACAGAUCUUUCUGUGUUUACAUCUGAUACCGAAACGUCAGAGAAUUAUUUGCUAAUAGAUAUAUCAACAGCACCUGUUGAUACUGAACAAACAGUGCCUGGGAUUAUCUUGAGGCAUGAUCCAGUCCCCGAAACAACACUGACACCCGUUGUACUAGUCCCAGCCGAGAAUGACAAAAUAGAGAGACCAAGAGUAGACUCGAUCUCCAGAGUGCCUCAUAAUCACACAGCUUUAGGAAUUUCAGCAACUGCAGCUGUAAUUGGGCUUUUAAUGUCAUUUGCUGGCAUAGCCAUAGUAAGAAAGGCUGUGAAAGAAAGAAAAAAAUUAUAUUUCAUUCAGCCACGAUCCUAUCGUCAUCAUUAAGGUAAAAAAAAUUUUCAUACUUUUCAGCACAUAACUUAUUUUGUAGUAAAGAAGCAAUGUGAUAACAAACAUGAAAGACAAGUGUUAUUUUGGUAUUUUGAGAUUUCAUCUAGGAAAUAUCUAUCCCUCAAGUACAGUCGUUAAUGUUUUACAUGCUGUACUGACAUUUGUUGUAGUUCUGUUCAAAGUGUUACCAUUAAGAGUUGACUCUUGUGUUCAAUUCAAAUUCUUUGUUUAAAAUGUUAUUAAAAAUAAAACUCAGGGUUGAUGUCUGCAUUGUCUCAUAUUUUUAUGUGUGAUUUGAACUUUUGGGCAAGGAAUCUAUUAAUCAUUAUUAUUAUAGUAUUAUUAUUAUUAAUAUUAUUAUUAUUAUUAUCAUUGACAGAUUAUUAUUAUUAUUAUUAUGUUGUUUGUCCAGGCUGCUGUUUGUAUGUAAUAUAUGAGUUUUAUUGGCUUUAAAUUUGAAAUUUAAAUUUUAUUUAAGAAAUUCACUGGUUCAUUACAAAGGAAUGAGAGCUCCUGUAAAACAAUAAAAAAUAAAUAAUUUUAACUAAAACCAAGAAAAAAUACAGAUCGGUUCUAGAUUAGGGAUGUGUAACAUAAUUUCCUGGUGUUCGUGGGAGGCUAAAUUGUAGCAAAGAAUAAGUAUUAUAGAAUAUAUAAUGUUCUGAAAUAGUAUAGCAUAAAAGUACAGAAGCUUUUGUUAACCAUAUAUUACUUUUACUAUAAAUUAAGGGAAAUAUUUGCAGUACUACUAGUAUCUAGACAGUACUGCAUUACAUCAGCUUUGAGCAGUUCUAUGUUCAAAUGGCUUUUAUAUUAAAGGAAAAUUUCUUAUUUUAAAUGUGCAAUUACAGUAAUGAAACAAGUAAAGAAAGUUUUAGAGUUUAAUAUUUAACAUUUUAAAAAUUAAAUGUUUUUUUU